GUACGUGACAUAUAAAUUGUGUCUAUUAAUGUUUAAUGGUAGAAUACAAAUAAUAAUUAAUUGACUAAUUAAUAAGAUUAAUAUAUAGUUGAUUAUACAAAAAUUAUAAUAUAAAAUGAUAAAGGAGAAUUUUAUUAACUCAAAUCUUAUUGAUUUUUAAUACUUGAAACCAAGGGUAAAUGGAAAAGUAAUAAAUAAUCCUAAAACAUCAUGUCAAAACGAUGGUUAGGAAUAUGCACUCAUUUUUCUUCUAAUUCUUAUUUGUUCAAUUUUAAAAAAAUUUUCGAAAUGUUAUUCUCAUCAUUCAUCAAUUCACCGUUAAAAUGUUUAGUCAUGAUAUUAUUUUUAAUUGGUGCUACUUAUGUAUGCUAUUUAUGGAGUGCAAAACUUAAUGAAACAAAUAAUCCAGUAUUUGUUAUUAAUUAUGCAUCUAUUGAUAAUCCAUUCAAUGAGUUACGAUGUCGCAGAUUAAAAUAUACACAAGUUGGUCACGUGAAAACGCCUAGUAAAGCAUUAUUUUGGCCACAGAUACAAUAUAAAUAUACAUUAUCUCAAUCAAUAGAUUUUAUUUCACCGGAUUCGUCACUGAAAAAUUUCAUUCCACAACAAAUAUUUGGAUCACUUUACACUAAGUAUAAUGCCACAAAAAUAAAUAGUUAUGCUGAAUCAAGUAAUAGUUUAAGAUAUGUUAUUGAUAAGAAAAAUCACACUAUCAAUUAUACCUUACCAAUUAUAUGGUCUCCAUUAGGUUGUUUACCUAGCCUGUCAUCGGCUAUAAUUAUUCCUUAUCGUAAAAGAGAACAACAUUUACGAGUGUUAACAGAUCAUUUACAUGGAUUUUUACGACACCAAAGAAUACCAUAUACCAUUUUUAUUAUUGAACAGACCGGUGAAACGAAAUUUAAUCGUGGUGCUUUAUUAAAUGCUGGUUUUCUUGAAGUUUCCAAAUUCAAAGAAUAUGACUGUUUCAUUUUACAUGAUGUAGAUAAACUACCAGAAGAUGAUCGAAUUAUUUAUACAUGUGGACCAAAUCCAACACAUUUGUCAGCUUCAUUAAGUACUUUUAACUACAAAUUAAUUUAUCAAAGAUUUUUUGGUGGUGUUGUUACAUUCACUCGUGAUCAAUAUCUUAAAAUUAAUGGUUUUUCAAAUUUAUAUGAAGGAUGGGGUGGUGAAGAUGAUGAUCUUCUAUUACGUGUUGAACAAUCUGGUUAUAAUUUAAGUCGAAUCAAUUUAUUGAUUGGUCGUUAUUAUGCAAUGAGUCAUAAGACAGAUGAAUUAAAUGAAAAGAAUCUAGAUCGUUUCAAGUUGUUGGAAACUUCAGAGCGUCGAUUUAAAAGCGAUGGAUUGAACAGCUUGAAGUAUAAUGUAACUCAGUCGAAAUCAAUGUACAAUGGCCUACUUUAUUGGAUUUCCAUUUAUAUACAUCCUAACAACCAGAAUUAAUUUGAUAUAAAAAUUUGGAAACUUUUCUGUACACUUGAAAGAAAGAGAAUAAACAAAAUUAGGAUAUAAGAAACAUUUGAUACCGAAGUUUGUCGAUAACCCUGAUACAUUUACUGACUGUGAAAAUUUUUACCAGUGGUCAUUCAACAAGUACAUUUUUUCACCAAAAUGUAUUUACUAAAGCAUCUAUUUCACUGCUUUUGAACUUACUUAAUGGUUAAUUAUUUCUAUUAAUUUAAUGUUAUGAUUAAAUUGUCAAUUACAUGACAAAUAACACACAAUAACACAAUUAAUUAUAUAUUGCCAUUUCAUUCACAGGUUGAGAAUAAAUAGAAAAAUACCUUUGUUUUUUGAUACAAGCACAUGUAAAAUAAUAAUGAUAAUAAUAGAACCUGUUUAUCUUUUAUCGUUAAAGUAAAGUAUCUUGGAAACACCAACGCUUAAGUAUUAUCUAAAUAAUUUCUUCUAAUCGUACAAUUCAAUCUGUAAUAAACUUUCGUUAAAUAUUUCACAUCAUCUAAUAUAAUGUACAUAUCAUUAUUAAAAUUUUUGUGAUAUUUCAAUGUAAUCUAUUCAUUUCCUUUAUAAUCUUUUGUUUUGUGUUCUUUUAAUAUUGACUGCUGAAAUUAAGAAUUCUGUUACACAUUUCUCACUUUAUAUUUUAACAAAUUAUGGUAAAAUUCUCAAAACUGUAGUGAUGAUUACUUGUUUCAUAUAUUACCAUAUAUACAUAUUUUAUUAUCUUUACAACUUUUGUACGAAGACGAUUAUUUUAACAAACGGAAUACACCUAUUAUGACAUUAAAUAAGAAAGAAAGAUUAGUUCAGCGAAGAGUUGUCUUUUCGGCGAAUUCAUUUUCAAAGCUGUACAAUCGCAAAUAUAUAUACUUAUUUUUACAGGGUGAUAAUAAUACUGAUAAUAAUAAUAAUAAUAAUAAUA